AAUUAUAAACAGCAUGGCGCAAAACAACGGACCUCCGGGACCGCCAAAUCCUAUGAUGAGGCCUCCACCUUACGGGAUGCCUCCCGGAGCGAACUUCAUGCCCCCACCCAUGGGAGCUCCAGACAUGCCAGCUCCUCCUAUGAUGGGAGGGCCCCCUGGUUUCCAGCCUCCAGCAGGAAAUAUUCCACCCCCUCACUACCCUCCCCCUGGGGGUAUGCCACCUAUGGGGAUGCCUCCAGCCUUUCCCACCCCAGGAGGCAGUAACCCACAGGUCCAGUCUGUUUCUCAGUCCAACUCUGCCUCAAAUUCACCGCUAGGAGACAAACAGGAUAAGAAGGUAUGGACGGAACACAAGGCCCCUGAUGGUCGCACGUACUACUACAAUCACAUCAGCAAGCAGUCCAGCUGGGAAAAACCAGACGACCUGAAAUCCAAGGCAGAGCUGAUGCUGUCUAACUGCCCUUGGAAGGAGUACAAGUCAGACUCGGGCAAGAUCUACUUCCACAACUCACAGACCAAGGAAUCCCGCUGGACCAAGCCCAAGGAACUGGAAGAGUUAGAGGAAAUGGUGGCCAAGAAGACACAAGAAGGUGCAUUAAGCAGCACAGAUCCCGGUCCAGUGAUUGCAGCACCCCCUACCACAGUAGCACCGCCCCCUGCAGGCAGCAUCACGUUACCGCAGCAACCAGCCAAACCAUCGUCCGCCAUUCAGGCUGCCAUGCAGGCAACACUGGCCUCAAUCAAGUUACCACCCCCCACUCCUACAGCCAAGAUGGAGAAAGAGAUGAAAGAAAUCAGUGAUGAAGAAGAAGAAAAGCCGAAAAAAGAGGUUGUCCCACUUGUGUUCAAAAAUAAAAAAGAGGCGAUGGACGCCUUCAAAAGUCUGCUGAAGGAGAAGGGUGUGUCCUCCACAGCGAGCUGGGAGCAAGCGCUUAAGCUGAUAGUGAACGACCCUCGAUACGGGGCGCUCAAACAGCUCAAUGAGCGGAAGCAAGCUUUUAAUGAGUACAAAACUAAAAGAGCCAAGGAGGAAAAGGAGGAACAAAGAUUAAGAGCAAAACAAGCAAAAGAAGACUUGGAGCAUUUCUUGUUGCAUGCAGACAAAAUGAAUUCAAGUGUCAAGUAUUGGAAAGCUGACGACCUGUUUGGAGACCAGGAUGUGUGGCGACGAGUUGACGAUCGGGAUCGGCGGGAAAUCUUUGACGACGUUGUGCACAUGCUGGCCAAGAAAGAAAAAGAGGAAUCAAAAUCUUUGAGAAAGAGGAACACCAAGGUGUUUACGGAGAUUCUGGACAGCAUGCCGAGUCUGACCCACUGUACUACAUGGUCGGAGGCCUCACAGAUGCUGCUGGACAACCCUAGGUUUACGGAGGACCCCGAUCUACACAAUAUGGACAAAGAGGACGCACUCAUAUGUUUCGAGGAACACAUUCGACUGUUGGAGCAAGAAAACGAUGAUGAGAAAGAGAGAGAGCGACGGAGAGUGAAACGACAGCAGAGGAAAAACAGGGAGGGAUUCCUGGUUCUACUAGAUGAGCUUCAUGAGCAGGCAAAGCUGAACUCCAUGUCGCUGUGGAUGGACCUCUACAGAAUCAUCAGUCAGGAUGUCCGCUUCACCAACAUGUUGGGACAGCCAGGAUCCACACCCCUGGACCUCUUUAAGUUUUAUGUUGAGGAUCUGAAGGCUAGGUUUCAUGAUGAAAAAAAAAUUGUGAAAGAAAUUCUGAAGGAGAAGGGAUUUAUGGUAGAAGUAAGCACAGUGUUUGAGGACUUCGCCUCACAGAUUGCUUCAGACAGAAGGGCCUCCGGUCUGGAUACAGGGAACAUUAAACUCACCUUUAACAGUCUUAUAGAAAAAGCAGAAGCAAGGGAGAAAGAGAGAUUGAAAGAGGAGGCUAGGAAGCUGCGCAAGUUGGAGAGUCAGUUUAGAACAGCCUUAAAGCAAAUCAACCCCCCGAUUGAGCCUGACUCUAAGUGGGAUGAUGUGAAAGAAAAGCUAGAGAAGGACCCAGUGUUUGAGGUGAUCACUCUGGAGUCGGAGAGGAUCCGACUGUUCAAGGAGUACCAGGCUGUGUUAGAAGAUGCCUGCAGUCAUCACCACGCCAAGCGGAAGAAGAGGAAGCAGAAACACAAGAGGUCCAGAUCACGAUCUGGGAGUGAAUCAGACAAUGAAACAGCUUCAGUCAGAUCCUCUUCCAAACACAAGUCAAAGAAGAAGAAGAAAACUCGCUCUGAAUCUCGCUCACGGUCUCCUAGCAACAUACCAGACUCAGAUCAUGAGGAUCGUGAGCGAGAGAAGAAAAAGCGCAGCCAUCCAGAGUCAGACCAGGAGGAGAGAGAGAAGAAGAAACACAAGAAGAAAUCCAAGAAAAAGAAGCAUGUUUCUCAUAGCGCAUCUAGUGCCAGUGAAGAUGAAGAGAAGCAGAAAAGUUCCAGCCAAAGUAAACCUAAAAAACGCAAGAAAAACAAGGGUGGAGAUAAUGGCUCCUCAGACAGUGACCUCAGUGAGGGAGAGUUAGAGAGGAGAAGGAACCAACUUCUACAACAGCUCGAGGCAGAUCAGUAAAACAUACAGGGGUGGAUCCAAGAAAAAACAGAGUGGAUCAAUGAAUUUAUAGUAAAAUGUAUAGGAGUGGAUCAAAGAAAAAGACAUAUUGGAUCAAUGAACUUAAAGAAAAAUGUACAGGGGUGGAUCAAAGAAAAAGACACAAGUGAAUUAGUGGAAAAAAAACAAGAUCAAUGAUCAAUGAAUUUACAGCAGUAGCUUCCUGUACAGUUGUGAUGAUGAGUCAAUAAAAUGAAAUGGAAAAUAUAGGAUGUUAUUAAUAAAGAAAAUUUCUGCAUUAGAUCAACUGAGGACCGAAGUCUGGAUCCAUUAAAUGUACAGAGGAGAAGGUUACACAGAUUAAGGAGGGUCUGCCAUUAUGUUAUCACAUUCUGUAAGAUAACUCAAUUUCCUGUCAGGGAAAGGUUGUAGAUAAUAUUGAAAGAAAUUGGUUGAUAGGAAAAGAAUGUCUUUGUAAUAGAGUUGCUAAUAUCCUAUCGAUAUAUAGUGCAAGACAAUUUUUGUAUAUAAAAUUUCUAUUCUUUUAACUAAUGAAAUUGAGAUAUCAACUGCGUGCAUGUAUAUGUAUUAUUUUGAUGAUCAACAAUAAAAAUUAAAUGUGAAUAGUCAUCAUGCCACACAAAUGGUGUCAGGAUGAAAAUAUUUUUUGAAACCUAUGAUCAGUUUUUAAUGUGACUGAAGUUUUGUUUAUACAUGUACAUGUAUAUGUAUCAUAAAAUAUUUCAUGGACAUUUUGUUCAAUAUCAUUGUCAUUAUCAAAUAUCACUAAUAAUUCAUUGCAAUCAGAUCACACAUGCAAUGAAAUAAAAAAUUAAAAUACU